AUGAGCAUUAUGGUGAUCGGGGAUGCACGCGAUCUUAAGCGUUUAGCGCUUACCUCGUUUCAACAACUGCGGUUCCUGGAACGAGACAUUUUCCAGCUGAUACACAUCGUUGACCAAGACUUGAACUUUGCCAUAGGAUCUUGUUGCAAUUUUACACUCGCUUACCGGGUUGGCCCAGGGCUGUAUUGUCCCGGGCACACUGCGCUGUCACAUGACCAGCGUCAAACGAUCAAAGUGGCCAGCGAGCAGUCGGUGUCCGUGGGACUCGCUGCCGAUAAGAUCAGCCCAACAAACUCCGCCAUCGCCAAAACCUUGGGUCGCGAGGCGUGA